GCCGCCCUACCCCGCGGGGCAGGCCGAACUCGCCGGAUGCACGGACCGACGGACCGACUGACGCCUUGGGUCGCCGACGGAGGGCCAGCAGGCCCCCAGCCGAAGGCCCGGGCACCGGCCCCGCCGGGGCCGCGAAGGCCGCCAGGGAGGGCGCGAUCGCAAGAUCAGGCCUCACGGGCAGAGAGUCUUCAGCCGGCGACCCCGCCGCCACCCUCGCUCGGUGCCCCUGCGACGCGCGGUCCUCGCGGCCGCCUGCGUUGCCUCGCGGCUUUUGGUCCCUCCCUCUCGCCGUCCUUCUUGCCCCUCCUCCCCCGCCCUCCGGGUUGUCAGGGCAACCGGAGAGACGCCGGCCCUGGAGGAGAGGCUUUCGGAGGGGCUGCGGCGGCGGCGGCGGCGGCGCGGGGGGCUCGGCCCGUGGGGCCCCAGGAGCAUCUGACCAUGGAGCCCCAGAAAAUCACACCAUCCUCAAAGCCUCAUCCACCUGUUGUGGGCAAAGUGACUCAUCACAGCAUUGAAUUAUACUGGGAUCUGGAGAAGAAAGUCAAGCGGCAGGGACCUCAGGAGCAGUGGUUCAGGUUUUCGAUUGAAGAAGAAGACCCCAGAAUGCACACUUAUGGUAUCAUUUAUACGGGAUAUGCGACUAAGCAUGUUGUGGAAGGUCUGGACCCACGGACGCUGUACAGGUUUCGACUGAAGGUCACCAGCCCCUCCGGAGAGCAUGAGUACAGCCCGGUGGUCUCGGUAUCUACGACCAGAGAACCCAUAAGUAGUGAACACUUGCACAGAGCUGUCAACGUGAACGAUGAAGAUUUGCUGCUUCGAAUACUACAAGGAGGCAACGUGAAGGUUGAUGUUCCCAAUAAGUUUGGCUUUACCGCUCUGAUGGUCGCUGCCCAGAGAGGAUACACCAGGCUUGUGAAAAUCCUCGUUUCUAACGGCACAGAUGUGAAUCUGCAGAAUGGAAGUGGCAAAGACAGUCUAAUGCUUGCGUGCUACGCAGGACACCUAGAUGUUGUGAAAUACCUCCGAAGACACGGUGCUUCCUGGGACGCUAGAGACCUAGGAGGCUGUACAGCUCUGCACUGGGCUGCAGAUGGAGGCCACUGCAAUGUGAUUGAGUGGAUGAUAAAGGACGGCUGUGAGGUGGACCCCACGGACGCUGGCUCGGGGUGGACCCCGCUCAUGAGAGUCUCUGCGGUCUCGGGGAACCAGGAGGUCGCCUCUCUGCUGAUUGACGCAGGCGCGGAUGUGAACAUGAAAGACAAAGACGGGAAGACCCCUCUCAUGGUGGCCGUGCUGAAUAACCAUGAAGAAUUAGUCCAGUUACUUCUUGACAAAGGGGCAGACGCAAGUGUGAAAAAUGAGUUUGGCAAAGGUGUCCUAGAAAUGGCCAGAGUUUUUGACAGAAAGGUUGGGAUGUUCUUUCUGCCCUUUGAGGCUCAUUUUGCAGCACUUAAAAAAAAACACAAAAAAACCCAAACCUUGGAUUACAUGCACCUGUUUUUGUUUAUCUAGAAUGUAGUCUCCUUAUUAGAAGAAAUGAGAAAAAAGCAAAUGCCGAAGAAGUCAUCUAUUCGCUGACCGGGGCACCUCUUACCUCCCUCCGAAAGCCAAGUGAAACGAAGCAGAACGGGACUUGAACUAGACAGAUGAAAUUCUGCAUCUUUGAGGGCUAUACAUUUGGUUAAUUAUUUGGUGAAGAUUCACAGUACUUUUGUAACAUACGACUGUUCUCACUUUGAAAUACAUCUUUUAACCUAA